AUGGCUGCUUCCUGGUCACUUCCGACUCCAGUCUCUAAUGUACCGUUAUCCCUUCCGGGUGUAUCUUCUUUCGUCGCGUCGGCUGGAUUCCCGACCUCUGCUUUUUCGGCAUACUAUUAUUCACCUGCAAAGCCAACUCGGCAACCCCAACCAAUGAUCCAUGAUCCUGUUCUGAACAUCACAUUUCCUCACAACCUUACACAUCCAGAUACGAUACCAGACGACAAGUCGGAUCCAAUCUAUUUCCCAGAGCCACUCAAGAACUUGUCUUAUACUCAGAAGCUUGCGUUAGUUGACGAAAUAAAGGUCAAUGUCCCGAAAAUUCUUCAGUCAGACGCCACAGAGGACAACUGCGCCAAAUGCAAAAAUGCCUUGGCAGCAGCCAAGCCGGCCGCUCUAUAUGCGCCGAAUUGGGUACCAGAUGCUAUGGUUUCACUAUGUCAAGAAUACCAGUUCAAGUCGAAUGAUAGCUGUGAGAGUAAUUUUGCUGCGUCGAUCUUUGGAGCUACCUGGACGCAGGUGCUGGCGUAUGCAGAUGUCGAGGGGCUCGAUGGCGACUAUAUCUGUAACUUUUUCAGCCCCUCUUCCUGCGAGAAACCAAAGGCUAGUCCACUGGAUACGACGAAUCUCUUUCCCAAGCCUAAGCCAGCGAAUGCGAGUGUGCCCAAGCCCAGCGGCGAACGAGUCAAGGUGUUGCACCUGUCGGAUAUCCACUUGGAUCCACGGUAUGCGGUGGGCGCCGAAGCGAACUGUUCGUCCGGAAUGUGCUGUCGUGAGAAUGAAUACAACGCUCAAUUCGAGGAUCAAGUUCUCUUGCCCGCGUCCGCAUAUGGCGCAUACAAGUGCGACACACCAUACGACCUGGCGCUGGCGGCUUUGGAAUCAAUUGGCCCUUUGACCGGAACGACGAAUGGCAGCUCUCUCGCUUGGACAUUAUAUACGGGUGACCUGGUCUCCCACGAGCCCGAGAACCAGUUGUCCCAGAAAUACGUCGAGUACACAGAGACCAGCAUCUUCGACAUGUUGAAAAAGUACCUUGCGGGACCCGUCUUCCCAGUCUUGGGGAACCACGACACCGCUCCGUCCAAUAUUGACUCACCGCACAGUCUCCCGGGACGUCUUGGAGAGCAACAGAGUUGGAACUUCGAGCAUGUUGCAGGAUUAUGGCAACAUGAAGGAUGGAUCGACGCAAAGGCAGCAGAAGAAGCACGGACACAGUACGGCGGUUAUUCCAUCAAGACGCACUAUGGUCUUCGCAUCAUUGCAUUCAACUCUGACUUCUGGUACAAAAGUAACUACCUAAACUUCAUCAACACAACCAACCCCGACAAUUCUGGCGUUUUCGCCUGGAUGAUCACCGAACUCCAACACGCAGAAGACAACAACGAGCGCGUUUGGGUAGUAGGUCACGUCCCCAGCGGCUGGGAUGGCGGCAACGCCUUCCCCAACCCAAGCAACCUCUUCUACCAAAUCAUCGACCGCUACUCACCACACGUCAUUGCAAAUGUCUUCUUCGGCCACAACCACGAGGACGAAUUCAUGGUCUACUACGCCAACAACGGCACCAUUCAAAACAGCCAAACAGCACUAACAACCGGCUGGAUCGGACCAAGCAUCACACCCCUCACAAACCUAAACAGCGCCUUCCGCCUCUACGAAGUAGACACCGGCGACUUCAACGUUUACAAUGCCUACACCUUCUUCAGUAACGUCUCCGAAUACACCUCCCUGCACACAACAGGACCAACCUUCCGCCUCGAAUACUCAACCCGUGAGACCUACGGCCCCGCCGCGAACUGGGACGCAAAUGCACCCCUGAACGCGACGUUUUGGCAUCGCGUGACAGAAGGCAUGGAGAAGGACUUGAGUCUCGUAAGCUGGUUUAAUGAGCUGCAGGGGAAGAGGAGUGUUAAGAGUCCGGCGUGUGACAGUGAAGAGUGUCAGUUGGCGAAGAUUUGUUAUAUGCGGAGUGGGAGUAAUGCGUUGGGGAGGGUGUGUGCUCAGGGGUAUGGGUCUGUUCAGAGUGAGUUUAAGGUAUAG